UUGGUUUGUUCAAAUAUAAUUAGUGCAAUCACAUUUUGUUUUCAAUGAGUGAUGAAAUGAUAAAUAACAGGUUCAGUAAUCCCACACAAGGUCAGGGUUGUGACCUCACAUAAAGAUAAGGUUUGUUUCAUGUAUGCCUAUCUAUCAAUUUAUUCGAAUCCAGAUAGGGAUGUCAGCUUCGAUUCUUCAAUCUCUUGCUAUUAGGAGUGAAGUUUCUUUAUUAUUUUCAAAAGUGCUUCGUGGCUGAAAAGUUUAGAAGACCUCAUUUCAGAGAGUGCUCUGACAAUAUAACAGGGAAAAUUUGCUUAAAAUAAAGUGCUUUAGUGAUAUGUUUUAUUUCAGAAUAUAUCCUACUUAAGAAUGGAACUCUCAAAACCAAAUGUAUCGGAAGAUUUUGCUGAAAAAUUAGUUCAAAAACUCUAUGGGUUAGAAGUAUUGACGAUGAAGAGAAUGAAUAGUUAUGACGAUCAAAAUUUUCAUAUUCAGGUAUCACAGGCACAUACUAAUAAUUACAUUAAAUCUGUCUGUGAAGAUGGCUACACGUUGAAAAUUACCAAUACUGAAAAAAGUGCAAUAGCAGGUCAUUUCGAUGCAAUGCAUGCUACAAUGCUCCAUCUGCACAGUAAAGGAUUGCGUGUACCCAUUCCAUUGAAGAAUCUUAGUGGUAAUACUUGGAGCUUAGAGAAAGUGCCACUUCUAAAUGAAGAUGAAAAUGAAAAAAGUGAAAAGUGCUGUGGAAUACACGUCUUAACUUUUCUGCCAGGAGUCCCCCUCUCAACUAUCAACUGCUCUAAUGAUAUCUUAUACCAAUGGGGAAUAUUAAUGGGCAAAUACCAUAACGCGACUCAAGAUUUUGUGUGUCCUGGAUUGCGGGACAAAUAUGUGUUUUGGAAUUUAGAAAACAUUCCUAAAAUCAAGGAUUACGUGCAUGUCCUUCCUGCAGACAAGAAAAAGAUUGUAGACAGCAUCUUGGACAGAUACCCUGAGGAAAUAGAGAAAAACGCUCCCCAUUUUCCAAGAGGUAUAAUCCAUGGAGAUUUCAAUGAGAACAAUGUCUUAAUUCAAAAGCAACAUUCAGAAUGUGGCAGCACCCUUUUGAGUGUGGAUGGAGUUCUGGAUUUCGAAGACAUUCAUGAGGGAACCUACGUUUGGGAUGUUGGCGUUAUGAUGAUGUACGCAAUGAUAGUGUACACUGAAGAGAAUGUCCUAUGUGCUCCAGGACACGUCCUUGCUGGAUACCUUACCGAAAGAAAAUUUAAUAACCUAGAGCUCAAUUCAUUGAAGAUGUGUAUAGAAUGCAGAUUUUGUCAAUCUUUAGUGUAUGGAGCGUACAGUUAUAGUCGCGAUCCACAAAAUGAAUAUCUUUUAGAAACAUCAAAGACAGGUUGGGACAAACUUAAGAGUCUAACAAGUGAAAAAAAUGAAGAUCUACUACAAAGAUGGAAAAACAUUGCCGACUCCUGGAUUAAGAAAUAACAAUCAAUGCCUUGUAGUUUUUCACAAUUUUAGGAUUUUAUAAAAAUUACAGUUUUCUAA